AGAUUUGAUCGAGUAAAAUACAGCUGAUUGGAAAAUCUGAUAAAAUGACAUCCAGCCGACGCUAGAGUGGCAACGAACGAAUAAUUCCAUCAUUUUAGUCAAACCUAAAAGUUCCUAAAGUCUAGCCUUAGAGUAGCUAAGUAGCUAAAAUGUAUAACUCGAAUGAAUUCCUUCAUAGUGCAGGCGUUAGUCGCCAUAUGCAAGCAACUGGGGAAACGCCUUCACAGAAAACUAGUAUGAAACGGCGUUCCUGCGAAGUCCCUUUAGGAGACAUAUCUUCUAAUAACUUCAAGGUAUCCUUAGGCGAUAUAACUAAUGAUACUAACUACGAUUGCCGGUCGAUGCGUUCUACCCAUUCUGAGGACACUAGAUCCUUACGAUGCUAUAGACCCAUAGAUAGCAGAAGUGUCAAAAACUUCAGGUCUUCCUUAGCGGAUAUCUCGGGAGUCUCGAACUUUUCUCUUUCGAGACCGCCGAGUUAUGAUCAGUUAUCUCGAAGAUCUUUUAUUGAGGGGCCAGAAGGGCAGGGGAUCACGUCGAGCAUUGAAGGAGUAUUGUGGUCUGAUGAAGAGGAAAACGAGUACUUCUACCACGAGAAUAUCACGUCGGCUUGGAAUGAAGACUUGGCGGCGAUACGACAGUUGCUAGAGAAUGAAACUGGGGGAACAACCUGUCCCAGUUGUAACAUGCCCUUUGAUAAGGGUAAAAAGAGAAAGCUGAUAGACACCUGCGGACAUGAGCGCUGCUACUCCUGCAUGUUCAGGAACGAAGCGUGCCCCAUCUGUGCGAGGAACAGUCAGGGACGAAGACCUGUGAUGGAGCGCUACACGCCGUCACCGCGCCCGGAGCCAGACUGGCAGUCUCCCAUGCGACUUCCGAAGCCGCCCAAACCCACCUUGGCACAAAGCUGCCCCACACCACCACACACCAGAAGAAGAUUCUUCCUCAGUCCCAAGUCACUCCGGAGCCCGUUCGGCCAGCGGUCCAGCCGUCAUUCGCAUGAGAACCACGUGCCCCUGUCUGGAUUGCCAGAAGAAGGGCCGAGGAGUGCGGCGUGGCACAGUCUGGUCUUCAAUAAGAUCAGAUCGUUGUGGACGUCCCACACGUCAAUGCCUCAAGGGCUCAACCAGUUGACAGAUGACGAAGGAGGUCACAUCAAGCAAGGCUACGAGUCGCGUCGACAGAACGAUCUGUACAUGCGGCUGGGGCUAUUACUCGGCGAGCGGCGCGGUGCUCGUAACAAGGCUCGAGAUAGCUGCACUUCGCUCGCCUCUCUCGAUGCACAUACGUUGGCUUCUCACAACACUAGCCCGGUAUCAACUUUGACUGGGUCAUCAGAAGUGGAAGCAGCUACGCCUCUUGGCCGCGACUCACUUGGCUCCCUCGCGUCUAUGUCCCUGUCUGCAGCCAGCAACUGCUCGUCUUCCAGUCCUGGCAGCCGCAGACAUUCUGUUAACGCUUUACAAAACGCGAGAUCAGAAGAACUGACUCGGAUGUCCAGUGGAUUUUUCAAGAAUAGAAAAACUGCUGCCAGACGCUCCGCUAGAGUCAACAGCAAACAAUCUUCGAGUUCUACUGAAAUCAAAAAAGUGCACCCAUCGCCGCAACUAACACUACGACCUCUUUUCUUCGAAGUUCCAUCAACUCAGAAUCAGAGUAUAUUCUCUGGGCGACAUUGGCUUAUGAGAGAUAUGGAGAAGUCUUUGGAAUCUAGUUCGGCAGGUAUCUUGAUCUCAGGCUCACCAGGGACAGGCAAAACAGCCUUGAUUCUCCAACUGGUCGAGUACUCAUGCUUCGGUCGAAAAAGGAACUUUGAAUACGAGGAACUACGAGAACAAUCGGAUAUAAGGGAAGUCGGACCGGAAGAAAUAACUGCUGAGAUGUUCACACAUCUCGCUGCUAACGUUGUCGCUUAUCAUUUUUGUCAGGCUGACAACAACAGCACAUGUUUAGUCGGAGAAUUUGUGCACUCUCUAGCAGCACAGCUGUGCCAAGCACCUAAACUCCAAGCCUACAGAGAAUACUUGCUCAGUGAACCACAUCUGCUCUCUUGUUUGUCUUUGAAGGAGUGCAUAGCAGAUCCCGACCUUGCAUUCAUGAGGGGAAUCAUUGAGCCACUGAUCAUUUUGAGGAGAAAUGGCAGUAUAGAAUCCACCAACAGCAUCAUCCUGGUUGAUGGUCUUUGUGAAGCAGAGUAUCACAGACCUGACCACGGAUAUACCAUCGCCUCCUUCCUCGCCAGACAUGUGCCUGAGAUGCCGACGUGGCUCAAAGUUGUAGCCACUGUCAGGACACAAUUUUUAGAAAUAGCCAAACAACUACCCUACACAAGACUAAGCCUGGAUGACUCUGACAAUGUCCACAAAGAUUUGCUGGAAUAUUUCAACGCAAGAGUUCAAGCUGCGCCGAUCAUAGAAACAAACAUCAAGUGUUCUACAGGAAAAUCGGAAGGAGUUCAUAAUUCAGUCUUGAAGUUCGCUCAAUACGUUCUUCAUUUGAGCCAAGGGUCGUUCUUGUUCCUAAAAUUGAUACUAGACCUGCUUGAGAGGAGUCACAUUGUGGUGAAAUCGACGAACUACAAAGUUGUGCCAAUAUCGUUGGCUCAAAUAUUCUUGCUCCAAUUUAAUUUAAGAUUCCCGACUGUGCAGUCAUUUGAGAAAGUGACACAUAUCCUAAGCGUAUGCUUAGCAGCUCUCUACCCUCUCACGUUAGUGGAGAUAUAUUACUCUGUGAACUCAUUAUUGGUAGACACUUUUCUACCAUGGGAUGAAUUCUGCCACAGAUUCGAAAGCCUCACCGACUUCCUUGUGAAAAGAAUCGAUAACACGUAUAUGUUCUUCCAUCCUUCCUUCAGGGAAUGGUUGAUUCGACGUGAUGAUAAUGAAAGCCCAAAAUUCCUCUGCGAUCUCAGGGCUGGGCAUUGUGGGAUAGCUUUCCGAUUAUCAAGAGUGCAGGCACCAUUAGAUGCGGAAAAAACAAUGGAGUUAGGCCAUCACAUCUUGAAAGCUCAUAUGUACAGAAACUUGGGGCCAGCGCAGUUGGGGUUGUGUCCCAGAGAUCUGCAGGCAAUGAUGGUGACGACUAGUUCAGCAAACGUAGGAGAGUCUAUCGCUAAUUUGAGGAACAUUUACACACCGAACGUCAAAGUCUCCCGACUGAUGUUGCUAGCUGGUUCAUCACCUAAUCAGAUCACCGAAUGUCUUGGAAAUGCUCCCUUGCUCUGUAUGUACGCGUAUCAAGGAAUCCUAUCAAUGGUCGGACUACUUAUUGAAUUCGGAGCAGAUUUAGAAAUGACCAACUCGCAAGGAUGUUCAGCAUUGUCAUUGGCAUGUCAAAGAGGACACACUGAUGUUGCUAGAAGGCUGAUCGCUGCAGGAUCAUCGCUCAGCCAUACUGAUACAGCAGAACAAACUCCUCUAGUACACGCAGCUAAGAAUGGCCACAGAGAUACAGUCAUCUACCUGCUUGGCUGUCAAACAGGGAAGGACGAUAGGAAUUCUAUUGACAUCAAUGAAGAAAACAUCGAGCAGUUGGUGCCGGGAUCAAGACAUGCUCUGAUUGCAGCUGCGCAGAAUGGUCACUUGGAUAUUGUAGAAUAUCUACUAGACACCGCUGAACUAAUACCCGACGGUAUCUGCCCAGUGACAGGUGAGACAGCGCUAACAGCGGCUUGUUCCACCGGCAACGCUGCCAUUGCCGAUGCUCUCCUCAUACGUGGAGCAACUCCAUACUCCUUAAACGCCAGACAGAUGUCCCCACUGGCCCUAGCUGCUAAAAAUGGACGAACAGCUCUGGUACUAAGACUAUUGGAUUCUGGAGCUGAUGUUAUGGGGUCUGGAGGAAAGAAUCCAUUGAUCCUAGCUGCCGCUGAGGGACACGCUGAUGUCAUUGAAAUGCUUUUGGCUCAUGGUGCUGAUCCCGAUGCAGUAGAUGCCGAUGGUAUUCCAGCUCUUGGCUGGGCAGCACUCCGCUCUAGAGUUCCCACAUUGAUGGUGCUUUUAGAUAAAGGCGCUAACAUUGAUCAACCAGACGGUAGUGGAAGAACUCCACUCGGCCUUGCUUGUGGAGGACCAGCUGAUUUGGUAGAGAUCUUGUUAGAACGUGGAGCUUCAUUGGAGAGAGUAGAUCACAGUGGACUGAGACCCUUGGAUAGGGCGAUUGGACAACGGAAUGUUCAUGUGGUCAAUUGCUUCCUGAGAAAAGGCGCUAAACUUGGACCAACAACAUGGGUCAUGGCGUCAGGCAAACCAGAAUUUAUGCUAAUACUGCUGAACAAGUUGCUAGAAGACGGGAACAUGUUAUACCGUAAGAACCGGCCUUCGGAAGCGGCACACAGAUACAACUAUGCCUUGAAGAAGAUCAACCCACUGAUCAGUGAUGAGGGUCUGACCACACCCACCACACAACCGGUGCCUCACGAACACGUGUCAGCUUUUGUCCAAUUGAAAACCAACCUGCUGCUUAAUUUGUCGAGGUGCAAGAGAAAGUUAAAUGAACCGUCAGACGCUCUCGACCUCGCCGCGCGGGCUUCUGCGCUACGUCCGAAUGCGUUCGAGUGCGCCUACGCCAUGGCGCGAGCAAUCCUCGCUUUGAACAAACCUUCUGAAGCUCUACCCCAUGCAAGGAGAGCCUUACUCCUCGCUCCACCCAAUGACAUGUCAACCGUAAGAACUCUAAAGGCCUUGCAACAAGAAAUUCUCACAAGGAUCAAUGUCGGGUCCCACAGUCUAAACGGAGAUACACGGUCCAUAAGAAAUUUUGAUACGAUUAGUUUAAAUAUGCCGUAAUUUUCUUUAAAAAUAUGGUACAAAAUCGAAAUUAUGAAUACAAAUAACCGGUAAUUGGAAAUUUAUCGGUUUUUAUUGUUAAUUCAUAAUAUUAUUAUAAUACUUAUUUCUAAAAUGAAACGUGCAUUAAUGAGGCUAAAAUUAAAUUUUAUGUGUGGAAAAUUCAAAAUUAUUAUAUUUUUUUUGUGUACCCAAUUGAGUGAUUGUUUGACAUUAUAUACAGCGCAGUGCGUUGAAUUUUAAUUUAUAUAAAACUAUGUGUCUAUAAUUAAUUACCCAACUAAUUACACCUUUUUUUUAAAUGUAUGAAAUACUUUAUUUUAAAUUACCCACAUUUUCUAUCUUCUUUUUGAAUAGAAGACAGUUGUCUUUUCGUAUAUCUUUAGUUUUUAUUAAUUACUUGUUUACAUUUAACUACAAUUUGUUAUACUUGGCUUUCCAAGUAUUCCUUAUUCUGUAUGUGAUGUAAUGACAAUUUUAUAUUUUGUAAAUAUGUAUCUCUUGAAUAAGUGUAAAGUUCACUUUUAUUAUAAUGAUUAUAAAAUAGGUUAACUCGAAUAGUUUCAUUGUUUUUAUGUAUAGACGCUUGCCAUUUUUC